UUUGAAAAACAAACAGAAGUUUCUGGAUUCAUUGUUGUUAAGACCUGAGAGUUAAAGAGAAGAAGAAGAUCAGGUAUAAACAAAGUUUUUGGUUUCUUUGGGGUUCAUUCUAGUUUAGUACUUUUAGAGACAAGAUGUUGGAAGGGAAAGCACAUAUAGAAGACACAGACAUGCCAAUAAAGAUGCAGAUCCAAGCCAUGACUUGUGCUUCUCAUGCACUUGAUCUCUAUGAUGUCUUUGAUUGCAAAUCCAUUGCUUCUCACAUCAAAAAGGAAUUUGACAGGAUAUAUGGGGAAGGAUGGCAAUGUGUAGUUGGUUCAAACUUUGGUUGUUACUUCACUCACUCCAAGGGGACUUUCAUAUAUUUUGCAUUAGAGACUCUCAAUAUUCUCAUUUUUAAAGGUUCUUCUUCAGCUACCUCCCUUUCCCCUUGAACACUACUAUUGCAAUUGAUAUGCCACUGCACUGUAAGAGCUCUUUUGGGUAGAUUACCCUGAACAAAGAAGAGACACCAUGACAACCACAGGAUAUCUGUUUGGACUUACCAAGCAACUUUUGCUGCUGCUGUAGAAGAUUUUUAUUGGUGAAUUUUAUGGGGAUUUUACUAUUUUUUUUUU